CGAACCAAUCACAACUGCGCAGUUAGACGCGAUCGUGCCAAGGUCGGUUUGUGCGUCUAUCCUCAAUUUCUGCCAAAAAAACUCGUCAGAAAUCCACGUAAACCCAUUUACAUCUUUCAUUCUCUGGUGCGCCGUCCAUCCGAAAACUACUAGUAGCUGUUUUGUGCAUGCAUUUGCUCGCGGAAUUUAAUAUUUGUAUGCCUGUUAGCGCUUAUGACGCGGUCCCGUUACCAGGUUAUGUUCCAACCGAAGCAGAGCAACGUGAACAGCAGCGUGGUCGAGAGGAAAAUUUGGAAAAUAGCUUUAACAGUCUAUCGAUAAGAGAGCCCACCUUACUUCAGCUUCAUCGUCAGCCUGUUACAGCCAGGGAAAUCGUACUCAGUCGAUGUCAACAGGCAGAGCCAUGGAAAUUUUGGAUUGUUACCCAGACAGUGUUCUGCAACACUGUCAGAAAAUUGGAGAAGGGGUUUAUGGAGAGGUAUAUCUCCUCAGAAACCCCAAAGGUGGCACUUCAGUAUUGAAGAUCAUUCCAAUAGAAGGCAGCCUCAUGGUUAAUGGAGAAAGGCAGAAGAAAUAUGAGGAAAUUCUAUCUGAAAUAAUAAUCUCAAUGGAACUGAGCAACCUCAGAAAAAAUCCUGUGAAUUCGACAAGUGGUUUUACUGAACUCCAAGAGGUGAAGUGUGUUCAAGGCUGCUAUCCUGAAAGGCUAAUUGAUCUGUGGCAUCUGUAUGAUGAGACAAAAGGCAGCGAGAAUGAUUGUCCAGAUUGUUUCCUAGAUGAUCAACUUUACAUCAUUCUGCAACUAGCUGAUGCUGGGAAGGAUUUAGAGUCCUUUGUCUUUGCCAAUGCACAACAAGCCUUGGCGAUGUUCAAACAGGUGGCUUUUGCAUUAGCUGUGGCAGAAGAAGAACUACAUUUCGAGCACAGAGAUCUGCAUUGGGGCAACAUCCUAUUGAAACAAGUUGAUAAGAGCACCAAGAUCAGAUUCACGUUAAACGGGAACACCUAUAUCGUGCCGACUAAAGGCAUUCAAGCAACCAUCAUUGACUUCACCCUGUCCAGAGUUGAACAUGAUGGCGUUGUUAUAUUUAACGACCUCAGUUUGGAUCCAGAUCUGUUCACUGCUGAGGGUGAUUAUCAGUUUGAUAUAUAUAGGCUGAUGCAGAAGGAGAAUGGAGAAUUUGAAUAUUGAUGAGAUAAACCUUGUAUAUAUUAAUACGAGAGCCAAAGAAAUAAUUGGCAGAGUUUUGUACCUCAUACGAAUUUGUUGUGGUUACACUACAUAUUGGACAAAUCAAUAACAUUAUUACGCUACAAAAAUCCAACAAGGAAGCUGCACAAAGAAUACAUCAUUAAGCUCAAGGAACUUGAAGACGUCGUGUUGAGCUGCAGAAGCGUCAAGGAUUUUGUGUUGCAUUGUUUAACAUAAGCAAAUAAGCAUAUACACGAGUAGGUAAUGCAAAUAAUAGUAUACUACUUCACCUACAAAAUGAUACUGUUUGAUAUGGAUGUUGAACAAUGCAUGAAUAUAUGUAUAUCUUAUUUUCCCUUUGAGGACAUUCACUGAUAAGACGAUUAUUGUAUGAAAUCAACAAACAUACCUAACCUUAGCUUGAGGCAAAAACAUUCGUUAUGUACUAAAAGAAUAUUCUUUGUCUGAAGCUAAACAUCUCUUUAUUGUUUUGUUGUUUUUAUUAUUUAUUUAUUUCAUUUUGCGUGUAAUUACAUUGAGUUAAAAGUUGUACGAGUCGUUUUAUUCCUUUUCUUGAGUAGUCUGAUAGCGUCUUACUUUGGUAACCAAUUGGGUGAAAUAAAUAUGUCAGUUUACAAGGAACCGUUCGAUUCCUACAUUUGUGACAAAAGAUUCUUGAUGAUUUUCUAUGAAAUGACAUCUUGAUCAACUCCCUGUUCAGCCAGUAUUGUUUACAAAAGGUGAGGUGACGUUGUAGUUUUUUUUCAUAGUCAUGCUGAUCAGAUUCAUCAGCUACGUUUUAUGCAGUUAGAUUGAUAUAUUGAAAGAUGCAUAUUUAUUUUGAUAAUGCUUUUUGUUUGCAGAUUUUUACAGAUACUGCCAUUAUUUACGUUUUGUGCGAAUUUUUAAUCGUAGGUUUAGUAAGAGAUGGGCGCGUAGUAUUACUCUGAUUAUGUUUAGGAGUGUAGGCCACUGGCGUAUCCAGAAACAUUUUUUGGAUGGAGGGGUUGAGGGCGGAUCCAUCCUUUGAGUGAGGGAAGUCAUAGUCACACUAUUAUACAGGGCGGUUGAUAUGUAACUGACUGGUUUGUAUCUUGAAUAUUUGUGAAAUGAAAUAAAGUACGUCCAUUUUUUCAUUUUAAUAUUUUAUUGAAACUUAGAAAUUAUGUAUAAAAAAUAAUAUCAGACAAAUGUCCGCAUCUAGAAGCCGCGUAAAUCUGAGCCCUCUUGAUUCCAUUUUCAAUCACUUGCUGGUAGGUUUUGGCAGGAAUAUUUUUAAUCGCUUCCGUAAUAUUGUUCUUCAACUGCUCUACAGAAUUUGGUUUGUUGGCAUAAACCAUAUUUUUCAAAAAUCCCGAUAAAAAAGUCAGGAGCCGUUAAAUCCGGUGGCCUUGGUGGCCAGUUGACAUCACCAAAUCGAGAAAUUAAACGUCCCGGAAAUAUUGUUCGCAACAGAUACAUUGUCUCUGUAGCUGUGUGACAAGUUGCUCCGUCCUGCUGGAACCACAUUUUUUGCAGGUUAACACUCUGACUGCCGGCAUACUAUUUUAUUCUUGUUUUAUUUUGUGCUGUCACUCGUUUAUGACUGACAUACUGUUAGGCAUUAUUUGGCGGCGUCAGUCAUUUAUGUCUGACAGCACCAGAAUCAUACAUGGCCUCGUCAGGCUGUUUAGACAGACAUUAUAUUGAAUUGUUAAUCUCCAUUUGGAUCACGGCGCUUGAUUUUGUAAGUCUAAAAAACCUGGCGGCGCCUAAAUAAAAUUCCAGGUAUUGUAAAUUAACCAAACAUUUUUAUUUCAAACUUAUUGUAUUAGCAAGAAAAACCAAACAUUUUUAUUUCAAACUUAUUGUACUAACAAGAAAAAAUAGAUAACUUAGACACUAUGAUUUUUAAUAUGGCAUUCUUGACACAUCUCAGGUUUCCCAUUGCAUCCAUCGCAAUAUGUUCGUACUUUUCUUACUUUUUUUCUUGCUUCUGUUAGAUUGAUAUAGCAAAGUUUACAUUGUUUUCGAGUUUUCUCCUCAGAUUUUUUCAAUAAAUGUGCAACUUUUACAGUUGUUAGGCUGGUUAUACUAGCAUUAUUUCCAAAUAAUAAAGUCCUGGCCACAUCUUCUCUAAACUUAUUUAUGUUUGAUUUAGAUUUGGAAUGUUCUUUGUAUAUAUUGAAUGCAUUUACCAUCGAUAUGCCCGUCAGCAACUCAAAAAAUACCUUUCGGUACCAUUUGACGCCUCGUCGGUUGCAUGUACUGUAGGACGCCAUUGGGUCGGACUUGUCAAUACCACACUUGCCAUUAUUAUAAGCAGUAAUUGCGUCUGGUUUUAAUGUUGGCGUUUUGUUUGUUUCUUUUUUCUUUUUUGGAGUGGGCUCCUCGUUACUGCAGCUUGGAGAAAAUGCUCUCUUUCGUUUACUUGAAGGUGGCGGAACUCUCAUGCCAAUUCCGUCAGCUGUAGAUAACAGAAGUACAUCCCGCAUCUUUCCAUUUGGAAACGACGAUCCCAUCAUUAGUUUCUCGCGCAAUGUACUCAUGUUUUUUAAGCUUCUUGGUCGUGACAUCUUUUGGGAGGUAUUUUCUGGACCGUCUAAGCGUACCUUCUAGAUGUGUACUUUUGGUUAGAAGAAUUCUGGCUAAUGGACAACUAGUAUAAAAGUUGUCAGUAUACAGAGUUCUUCCUUCGUUCAAUAAUCCUUCAGUCAAGGUCAAUACGACAGAUUCACCAAUCCCAAGUCCAGCAGGACGCUGUUCUUCACUACGGCCAGUAUAAAUUAGACAUUUCCAUGUAUAACCAUUUGGACUGCAUAAUUUAAAAAGUCUUACCCCGUAUUUGUGACUCUUGGAUGGUAUGUACUGGCGAAAUUUCAGUCUGCCUCUCCAUGAUAUCAUGCUUUCAUCUAUUACCAUUUCUUUUCCAACUGUAUAAGUCUGCUGAAAAGAGUUAUUCCACAUAUCAAGAACAGGUCUGAUCUUGUAGAGUCUAUCAUUGUUAUUCUCGUGUUCCCUGCUGCUAAAAUGAAUCAUCCUCAAAAGCAUUUCGAAACGAUUUCUUGAUAAUACCUGAGAUACUUGAUUUUUAUAUAAUACAUCGGUGGACCAAUAUGAUGCAAGAGUAGGUCGACUAUUUAGACCCAACCCAAUAUAUAAACCAAUAAAUUUCUGAAUUUCCAGUUUAUUUGUAGGGUUCCAUUGAUUUAGUCUUGAUUUCCGAGUUAGUUUUGUAUUGGAAAUUGUAAAUUUCGCAUAGCGGUUUGUUUCUUCCACUAUGAGAGCUAUUAGAUCAGACGAAAAAAAUAGUUGAAAUGCAUUGAGGGGUGUACAAUUGUCUGCUACAUCUACUUGAAUACCUUCAUUACCGGUGAAUUGAAAUGUUUGAUGAUUCCCAUAGUCGUACCAAACAAAAUCAAAUUGCUUAUUUGAGGGAUCUAAUGCUGUCGGCUCGGGUUCGUGACCUUCAUCUGAUGAACUGGAUUCACCACUCAACUCGCUGCCAGAAUUAUUGUAAUCGGGAUCAACAUCUGAGAAGUCGGAAAAAUCACAAAAUUGAAAAAAUAUCGUGUACUUCCACGCCGUGUCAGUCGAUUCUGGAAAUACCAACAAACGUGACGUAUACGUGCUCAGUGCUAAAUAAACACUGAAUAUGCAUCAUCCGACGUAUAAUCGUAUCCCCACCAUCCAAAACAACGCGCGGCGUGGCGACAAUCGAAUGCACGAAAUGACCACGGCGCAAGUUGGGUUUUUGUUGUCAGUCGAAAAAGACUGACAUGGCAGUCAGAGUGUUAAAUUGAUUUGAGGAGCCAGAAAGUUUUGCACCAUAUCACGAUAGCGCUCGCGUGUGGCAGUAAGAGAAUUGCGCACAGCGUCUUCAAAGAAGUAAGGUCCAAUGACACCUCCAUCCCAACACCGCACCAAACUAUAUCUCGACAAGGAUGUAGUGUCGUUGAUGGAUGACGCGACGGUUCUCUAAUAUCCAGAUAUGACAAUUCUGCUUAUUAACAGAUCCAUUCAUAUCUAAGUGGGCUUCAUCGCUCAUUAUCAGUUGUCGGUAAAAAUUGUUAUUUUGGGUAGUGAGCUGCAAUGCUGCAUGACUGUAUUGUCGGCGACUUUCAUGGUCACUAAGCUGUAGUUCUUGGGUUAACUGAACUCUGUAUGGCUGCAAUUGGAAGUCUUUUUUUAAAAUAGUGCAUAAUGACGUGCGACGAAUAACCAGUUCUUGAGAACGAGUCUGGUAGACGUCUCAGGGCGCUCCAAUACACUUUCACGAACUCUCUCGAUAUUUUCCGGAGUACGAACAGUUCGAACAUCUUGUCGUAGCUCCCGAAUCGUUGCAACAAUCGACUCAUUAUAUAAGUAAAACCUUUUAACAAUACGGACGCGUUGUGGGAUCGUGUAGCGCUCCAUGAUGAAUUGGACACGUGCUUUAAACAACUACUACGGCGCCACUUGCUGAAAUGAGUGUAUCAAUAAUGGCGCUUAAUUUUAAUUAUUCAGUUAUUUCUUGGCCAGCCUGUAUAAGGAACUCGAAUUAGAUCAUUGGAUUCUGGGGAGCGUUUUUAGCCCCAAAGCUCCUCCUAAUGAAUACGUUAGUGGUGUAGACUUUAAGACUACUUUCAUUAAAAACAUUGUCAGUUUCGAUAUGAAUAUUUAAUCAAAAAGUUAUGUUUUCACUUUUCAGAGUACUACUUCAGGUUUCUCACGUUUAAUAUUUAGCAAUUUCUGUUCAGAUAUUUAAAAAUUAAUGUCACUAAUUGAACUGGUUACUUUCUGAAGUAUGAACAGUUGAUUUUAACAAGUGCCCUCUUGCGUUAAUAAUUAUUCAUUGUUUGAAUCCAUGGCAGAACUUCAGAACUAUUUACACCAAAUAUGUAUCCACCAAACUGGCCCAUUACUAGAUUUGGCGGAUUCAAUAAUCAUUUACCAGUAGAUUGAAUAUGAAGUAGUUCUUAUAGUGUUGGUACGACAGAAAAAGCAAAAGGCCUAUUUCUCAGGCUUUGCCCCCCUGCCACUACUACUACAUCAAAUAUUGAUUGAAAAUUUCUCACAUGACUUGCAAUGUAGUCACAAGCAUUUUCAGCCAUGUUGCUUGAUUUGUUCUAAUUGUAUACCAAACCUUUCUUAAUUAAUUUAUGUAAAACAAAUCACUCACUCAUUACGUGCCCUUCUCUCAACGUAAAUAUAUUUGACAAUCUUGAUAAGUAUUUGAGGUUGUCUACAUGUUUAAACAGCUAAUAAUAAUUGAUUUUCAGUCCGUUUUUGUGUGUUUGUUGUAUUUGUAUAUUUAUACUUAUUUUGGGAUAUAAAUUUAAAAAAGAUGUAAGAAAGUGUUCAUAUAGAAGUAUAAUUAUUACUUAUCAACAUAGGUGCCUUAUAACAACAAACAGGCAAUAUUCUAAACUGUUUUUCAUAUAUGCUUGACUGUAUAAAUUGUAUUGUACUUUUAUAGUUAAUAAAAUUUGUGUUUUUUAA